AUGCGUCAUGGCUCAGAUCAAUGGAGCAUCAGUGCGAAAAUGGUCGGCUCACUGGAGACACGAAAACUUCUGGCCAUUUGGCUGGUGACCCUUGGAUUUUGCCUGGGAGGCUCGAAGGAUGCUGAUGCUGAUACGGAUGCCAAGUGGAUGGCCCCACUCAAACAGUAUGGAUACACGGCCAAGCAUCUGAAGAACAAGGUGGAGCACGGCGAUUUCACCACCUUCGAGCUGGGCACGCCCAACUACCAGAUCCUGAACCCCCAGGACGAACCGGAGUACAUCACUGCGGACCAGCCGCACUACCAGGAAAUGCUGAAACGAUUGACCAGUGCCCAAAGUGGCACGGAUACCAUCGAUGUGGAAAUGGCAGGUCGUGCGGACACCGUUCGAGUGGCUCCCGAUCAGUCGCAAUCGGAGAAGCCUUCUGGCAUCCCAGACGCUGACAAACCACAAGCCGAACUGGCACCUAAUCGCAAUGAUAAACUUAAGAAGCGCAGCUCUAUUCAAGGCGGACAUAACCGAAAGAAAGUCAUGGAGUAUCAAACAGCGGAUGAGCAAGGUUAUUUCCCGGAUAUUAAGGUCUAUACCGGGGCCAGACCUUUCCAAAGCCGCGUGGCCAAUCUUAAUUAAGCAUGGGUUCGGGCAAGGGCUGAGAUUCGCGUUGCUUGAUUUGACAUUCAUUUAUUGUUUUUUUUCUUAGUGAAAGCACACUUAGAUGAAUAAAUAGCAGGCGGUAGUUUGAACGAUUAUAAUUGUAUUAUUUUAUAUGUUUUUGGUUUCAGAAUAAGAUUUGGGCAUUGUUUGUAGAAUUUUAAGCUUAAAAAAAGCCAUAUAUAUC